GUUUGCCAUGGCACCCGACCCCCUGGGCCAAGGAAGCUCUGACGCUAGCUAGGAAGCUCUGACGCUAGCGACCUUUUGGGGGGGAUGAGCUGCCCCUGUCCGAGGGUGGACCUCCCCACGGUCAUGCAUUGGGGGUUGCGCGACCCCAGAGCGCGUUUCUGGGCAUCUUUCAUUUCUGCAGGCACCUCCCAAUUUUCGACCUUGUACAUAAUUGUUUCCUUCGUCAACAGCGAGCUCUUCGUGAGCAGUUUGGUCCGCUCUUUAUCUCCCACACAGCACACGACGCGCCACCAAAUCCCUCGCACCGUUGUGCAAGCACCGGCCCAUCCGCUCGUUCCCGGUCCUUCCUCUGCGCCCGUGCUGCACCAUCGGUUACCGUCGCAAUGCCCACCAAAGGCCACCACCGCAAGCGGUCGUCCGUCGACCGGGUCAUUGAUCUGCUGGCAGAUCUCGAGGAGAGCCAGAUCGCCCUCCUUCUCGACGACUUGAACCACACCACCUCGAGCAAUGUUCCUGUAUCAGAAGCCAUUCAGCUCUUCGAGCAACAUGCGAGCAAAUCCAGGAGGAAGUCCUGCCGCUCCCCGUCUCCAAUGAGGACGCUGGAGGCCGAGCUCGAGCGACGUCACAGCAAGAGAGUCUCUUCAAGGAUCUCGGCCGUGCCCGAACAACGGGCUCGGUCCAAGACACCCGCUUUCCAGCCGCCGCCAGUCCCGCAGGAACGGGCGGCAUCGUCGUCGCCGCCGCCACCGCCGUUGUCGCCGCCCACGCCGCCGGCAGUGUCCCCCGUCAUUGACCGACCACCCUCCCCCCAUCACCCAUUGCCGACAAUCCCUCCGCCUGGGUCAGCCGAAAGCCCCAAGACCUCCUCGGGGCCACCACCAGCGCCCCGGCCUCGUUCGUACAAGAGGAUCAGCCGACCCAUGAUCCUCUCCCCGACCGCCACAGCCGAACUUCAUCAGCUCCUCCUUGCCUUCUUCAACGAGACACCAGUCUCGCCCGCUUCACCGUCCACCACCGCCACCCCAUCGCCCACAACACCGCUCUUUGGCUUCUCGCAUUCGCCGUUCGCCGAGAUCGAGUCCGAACCCAGCACUCCUGGCCUUGACCUACUCGAGCCUUCCCCGAUACGGACCCCUAGUUUCUCGGGCGGACGAAGUCUCAAGCCGAUGCCCAGCAUCGGCAGCAUAUUCGAGGCUUUCAAAUCGCAGUAGAUCCUUUCUUGUCAUUCAGUUUUUUUUUUGUAGCAUUAGCAAGCGUUGACGGUGUACGAUAGGGGGAGGUGGGGAGAUCGGAAAUGAUAUCCGAGCGGCCAAGCUCUUAAUUGUAUUAAUUAAGCAUUCGACGCCGCGGCUUUCUCUAGCAUUCUCGACGAAGUUUGUUUGCAUCACGUCAGGCUCGCGCCUCUUCUUAGAUAGCUAUUAGCUGUUCUCCUUUCAGAAGCUCAUUCUGAGUCUGUUAUUCAAAUGCAAGAUUCGUCGUGCCUCAUUUGUGGCCUCAGAAUCAAGAAAAGUGUCUCUCUUCUCGAAAAAUCAUGCUCAGAAUCAUGCUCAAUUUCGAUACCCUUGAGCUAAACAUGGUGGCAGAUAAU